AUGUGCUUCUCUUAUGUAUUGAUUUACCAUGACAAGUCUCGUACAUUAGUGGCAUCUGAAGGGGGAUGGGCAGCAGCAGCGCGCAAGCAUCAAGCCAGUAUGAGGGAGUACUGCAACGUAGUAAUAACUUUCCAAAAAGAACUGUUGAAAAACAAGACGGGUAUCUUUCCCACGUUUCUUGAGCGUACAGCUGUAGGAAGUAUUGUAGAGCUACGAUACGGUGUUCUGUUCGAGAAGCAAAUCGUUUUCACCCAAAAGUUGCUAAUGGUGGAAAACGCUGGUGUAAUCGAACAGAUUCUUUUUGUAGCACCGCACGAGGAGUGGACGUUCUACACAGAUCUUGGAGAGAAGAGGGUAGAUCUGGCCAAGUCUUCACAGUACAUUGUUUACCAGAAGUUGACCACCCAAGCAAAUAUUCAUCUUAUGCAAACAAUCAAUACGCAAGAAAUACGUUGGACUCCGCAAACAUUGCACCAGUUGAGCAGUGCAUUCGGCAAGUUGCAGCAAGUAUUUGAUACGACUUGCAGGAAUUGCAAAUCUGAAGGGGAAUGGGCAGCGGCAGCGCGCAAGCAUCAAGCCAGUAUGAGGGAGUACUGCAACGUAGUAAUAACUCUUCGAAAUCGUGUAACGCGUCUGCAUAACCUUUUGUUUCACUCGCAACCACCGAGCAGGGAAACUUGGCAUGCAUACUUUCGCCAGGUUGACCGAGUGGACAAGGAUCUCCGUGAUUGCUUUGACAAUCUGGAAAGCCAUGCAAAAGGACUGCCGAAUCAACUACCUCAGAUCGAGCCUUUGAACCACCUACGCGCUGUGUUCCAGGAGGAACAGCUUGAUGUGCAAGUCGUGGAAACCGUCGAAUCCAUGAUUGAUUGUGAGAACUGGAAUGAAGGAAACUUUCAAACCUACAUGUAUUUGGGUGAGUUUCUUCGACUUCAACGCCGUCGCCCUUCAUGCAUAGUCCCACGGCCAUUGUCAUGCUCUCAUUGGGCUACUGGGAUGUCACCUCAUGCUCAAUUCGAAACAGCCUUUGCACAGUUCCAAAAAGAACUGUUGAAAAACAAGACGGGUAUCUUUCCCACGUUUCUUGAGCGUACAGCUGUAGGAAGUAUUGUAGAGCUACGAUACGGUGUUCUGUUCGAGAAGCAAAUCGUUUUCACCCAAAAGUUGCUAAUGGUGGAAAACGCCGGUGUAAUCGAACAGAUUCUUUUUGUAGCACCACACGAGGAGUGGACGUUCUACACAGAUCUUGGAGAGAAAAGGGUAGACCUCGCCAAGUCUUCACAGUACAUUGUUUACCAGAAGUUGACUACCCAAGCAAAUAUUCAUCUCAUGCAAACGAUCAAUACGCAAGAAAUACGUUGGACUCCACAGACAUUGCACCAAUUGAGCAGUGCAUUCGGCAAGCUACAGCAAGUAUUUGAUACAACUUGCAGGAAUUGCAAGUAA